GGGGUGAGGGUGGAAGGAGAGCACGGGUCACGGUCGGUCAGAUGUGACCUCGACUUCCAAGACUCGAUCCAACUGGAUUUGCAUGCUCCCAGAGUGCAGAAGAACUUGGCAGAGCGGCAUUGCCGCGACACGCCGGUUGGUCCACGAAUCCAUUGGAAGCAUAGGUAUGUAUGUACGGGCAAUAUGCAGCCGCCGGGGGCCAGGGAGCGGGUGUUGCUGCUGGUGCUGCAGUUGCUGUUGCUGCUGAUCAAGCAGGCAUGGAAGCAAGCAAGCAAGCAAGCAACCCAGCAUUAUAUCGAAUGCGCGUGCUGCAGGUUCGAACAACGGCAACGCACCCCGACGGAGCUGCCACGGGCCGCAACAGGAAGGCCGCAAAAAUACCUAACCUACAUACCUCGACCAUGUCAAGCAGCUAGCCAGCUAGCCAGCCAGACAAGUGGGGCUGCCAUGCACAACGGCAUCGUCGCAUACAUACCGAGUACAUACCCGGUCAGUCGACAGACGGCCAAUUGGGCCCGCCUUCCAAGGACGCGAGGGCGUCCGGACGUUGAUGACCUGGCUCCUGGCGUACCAACCAUCACCACACCCUGUUGUUGUCCGAGCGCGCCUGGGGCGGCUUCGAGCUCAAAAGGGAGCGCCACAAGAAACGUCUUCCCAGACCCUUCCUAGCGUCCAUGCUCGCUAUCCCUGACGUUGCCGAGAGCUGCAGUUAUCCGUCAAAGCGUCGCUCGCAUACUAUGCACCAGCCAACUCCAGUCACCAGCCCCCUAUACACCAUCUUAGUACUCCGUAAAGCUAGAAAUUUAUGUGGCGGCUGUUGUCCGCUGUUGUCCCAUCCUCAAUUCUAAUCAUGACCGGCGACAUCAUCAUCCCUCUCACUUGGCAGACACUUUGGCGGGAUAAGGUAAGUAAUUUGUG